AUUCAGGGAACCUCGUUCUCCCUGUCGCGACAGCUAGACGCUUGUAGGGUUUAGGAUCCACUCCGGGAAGCAGUUCGUCUCCAGAGCCUCAACAUGUCCGAGCAAGGGGAGCCCGUCGGCCUCACCGAUGAAGCGGCCUUCAGUGUCUGCUCCGACCCUCAUCCCAGCACGAAGGAUUUUCUGCUACAACAGACGAUGCUCAGGGUAAAAGAUCCCAAAAAGUCUCUGGAGUUUUAUACUAAGGUUCUCGGAAUGACCCUACUCAACAAGUUUGACUUCCCUGCUAUGAAGUUCUCCCUCUACUUCUUGGCUUACGAAGAUAAAAAUGAUAUUCCAAAAGAUAAAAAAGAGGGAAUUGCGUGGACUCUGUCUAGAAAGGGCGUAUUAGAACUGACGCACAACUGGGGCACUGAAAAUGAUGAGAGUCAGGCUUACCACAAUGGCAAUUCAGAUCCCCGAGGAUUCGGUCAUAUUGGAAUUGCUGUUCCUGAUGUAAAUGCAGCCUGUAAAAGAUUUGAGGAGCUGGGAGUGAAAUUCGUCAAAAAACCAGACGAUGGUAAAAUGAAAGGACUUGCUUUUAUCCAGGAUCCUGAUGGCUACUGGAUUGAAAUCCUGAAUCCGAACCAUAUGAUAAAUAUAAUCCCGAUUGGAAAUACUGCGUAGUGAUCUUGCCAUCAAGAGACCGAAAAUUCUUAACAAUGUCCUCCUGAUUUAACAAAAAGUUGUUCUAGUCAUUCGCCAAAUGAUAAACAAAUAGGAAUAAACAGUAUUCCCUUUCCCCUUGCUAUGUCUGCAAAGGUAGGAGAUGGGAAACUUCCAUUUCUAGCUUGUGGUGAGCUAUACUUUACCAUUUUGGCAAUGCAGGAAGCUAUGGUUUGCCACCCACAAACUUGGAAGUGUAAGCUUCUAAUAUCUUUUCCUAAUGCACGAACAAAUGCAAGGAAGAUGCAUAUGAAUGGGGCUUAGUGCUGCUUAUUUUCAUAAGAAAAGGCUAUGGUUUGUGCUGACUGUAUUUAAGAACCCACACGGUGGUGUGCACUUCCAAAUGUACAACAGAUAAACUGUGUUUUCGAGCUUCUUACCUUCUUUUGUCUUUGAUCUGCACAUUUCACAAGUUCUUUCCUGUCUGCACAGAGCAGCAGCAUUUUGAGAUGGAGCAACAGUCAUAACUGGUUUAUCAGUGGUUUGUGAAUUCAGAUGUAAUGGCAGACAAUAAUUAGUGCAAACCAUGAUUGAGCCUAACACAAGUUCAAACAUUUUUUAAAAGAAAAUCCCAUAGUUUGCCAUACUGCUUGAAUGUAGCCAGUAUGUUCUGAAAUUAGUUACUUGGUUUAUCCUGCACAGAAAUCAUAAUUGUAACCUUUUCGUAGCUGGCCACAUUUUGUAGUAUAUUAUGGCCAGAUUCUUAUUCUUAGUAAAUUUUUAGUUUUGGUAUGCAAUAUGGCUGCAGUUGCAUUAUUUAAACAUGCUGGCAAAAUACAAGACUGUUUAGAUCUUUCAUGUUUUAUGAAGUGGAAGCAAAUACUGAAGUCUUGCUCCUUUUUGAUGGUGGCAAAGCUGCAUUUGUUGAGGAUUUUUAUCAUGACCCCUUCAUGGGUGUAUGACUACUUCAGCUGCAGUUACUAGUGAUUAAGGCCCAUUGAACUCGUGAGAUAUGCUUCUGAGUAAGACAUAUACUGUUAGUCUGCAUUGUUCCUGAAUCCUGUUGUUGCUUUGUGCCUUGAACCCAAGUGCACAAGUUACUAUGAAUGAAAUGGCAGUGUGCAGUUAAAGAUGAACAGGCAAGUGCUACACUUACGGUAUGAAUGCUACAAGUGCUUGAAGUGGGGUAGGAUGCCAUCCCACUUUUCAGGCAGACAUAAUUCACUUUGACUUAGCCAUCCUGUUUUGUUCCUCUCCCACUUUGUGGACUACUGAAUAUCACACCCACAGGUGCCCUUCAGGAGCUAGGUGGCAUGACGUGUAUUUUCUUCUUAAUAUCAAUUUUGUCUUGGUAUACAGUAGCUCUAACAUAAACUAAAGCCUAGAUGUCUGAAAUGUUAAUGUACCACCUGUUGUGCUCUUUACCUGUCUUCGGUGGGUUUCUAGUUGUUUCCAAGCUCUCCCAAAGUUUACAAAACUGACACAUGAACUAGUUGGUCUUCAUCAGUGUUUAAUUUGUAUUGACACAUUUAGACUAUGCAAUCCACACUUUGCCGAAUAGCCCUGACUCAACUGUCUUUGUUAAUUGGGGCAUUGUUAGCAGCACUUUAGAUCUCCUUUUGGGAUUAACCAGCCUUGAGUGCAGUGUUGACAUCAAAUAAUAAUAAUAAUAAAAAUUUCAAGUUAAAAA